AUGGCAUCCCUGAAAGUCCUCAACAGCCCCGACUCCUACACGAUCGCCUGGAUCGCUGCCCUUCCCAUCGAGCGGGCCGCUGCAGAAGCGAUGCUCGACGAGGAACAUGCAGCUCCAACCGGCUUCACUAGACACCAAAGCGACACAAACGCUUAUACGUGGGGUCGCGUGGGAGAGCACAACAUCGUUAUUGCCGCUCUGGCCUCCGGUGUUUAUGGAACUACCUCUGCUGCAACCACAGCCUCUAGCCUUCUUGCCUCUCUGCCAUCUAUCCGUAUUGGUCUAUUGGUCGGCAUAGGCGGCGGUGUCCCUCGUCCGGACGAGGAUCAUGAUAUACGGCUUGGUGAUGUUGUCGUGAGCCAACCCUGUGGGACCAUGGGCGGCGUCUGCCAGUACGACUUGAUUAAGGCCAAGUCGGGUGACAAGUGUGAGCGCAAAGGAUUCCUCGGACGCCCUCCAACGGUCCUCCUGAAUGCGCUUACGAGCAUUCAGGCCCGCCACGAGCGGAAAAACUCCGAUGUUCCCUACCUCCUUCAAGUGAUGCUGGAGAGCAACCCGAAGAUGGGCAAGAGAACCAAGAAAAAUCCCGGCUAUGCUCACCAAGGCUUUGAUAAUGACCGUCUCUUUAAAGCUUCUUGUGACCAUAUACCUGGCCCAGAUUGUCAGGGAUGUGACUCAACUGACGAGGUUUAUCGUGAUCCUCGAGACACUACCGACCCCGAUAUCCACUAUGGGACAAUCGGAUCUGGCAACACACUUGUCAAAGAUGCCGCUAUGCGUGAUCGGAUUGUUGCUGACCUCGGUGGGGAUUGUAUCUGCUUUGAGAUGGAAGCAGCCGGCCUGAUGAAUCACUUUCCCUGUCUUGUGAUCCGAGGGAUUUGUGACUACGCUGAUUCUCAUAAGAAUGAUCGAUGGCAACGCUAUGCCUCGGCAACUGCUGCUGCAUAUGCUAAGGAACUUUUGGCGUAUGUGCCGGUUACGGAGGUCCAAGAGACCAAGAGGGCACUAGAUGUGCUCCAUUCAGAUCCAUCUACAAACGCCAACCAUGCAAGGACACUUCGCCAUGAAGGGACAGGCGCAUGGCUUUUGGAAAACUCUGUCUUCCAAUCAUGGCACUUAGGGUCGCAUCAACAUGUAUGGCUCCACGGCCUCGCUGGAUGUGGCAAGACGGUUCUUAGUGUGACUGUGCUUGACCAUGUCACGCAUGGAAAUGACGCCCUUAUCCUCAGCUUCUUCUUUGACUUUAACGACAUCGCGAAGCAGAGCUUGGAUGGCAUGCUGCGGUCGCUUGCUUUCCAACUUUAUCAGGACGGGACUAAUUCUGCAGUUCACCUUGAUACUUUAUCUGAAGCACACCAGGAUGGCCGCAAUCAACCUGAAACAAAGGCGCUCUCAGAUACUGUUUUCAAGAUGCUCAUGACCCAGAGGAAGGUCUUUAUUGUUCUGGACGCCUUAGAUGAGUCAAAAACAAGGGUUGGUGUCCUCCGGUGGAUCAAGGAAAUAGUUUCCAGGCCAGAAUUAGACCAUGUCCAGUUGCUUUACACCAGUCGACCUGAAUCCGAAUUUCUGCGACACAUUCCCCCUCUGAUAGGAAAGGAAAAUUGUCUACCCUUUGAUAAGCAGACUGUCAACUCUGAUAUCCGAUUGUGGGUCACGUCACAACUUUCUCAACGGCAUGACUUUACAGAAAAGCCUUUAUCUCAGGAUCUUCUCGAAGAAAUCCGAAGUAAAGUUGGGGAUGGGGCGGAUGGGAUGUUCAGGUGGGCCUUCUGUCAAUUGGACAGCCUGGCUCGAUGUCGUCACGAGGCAGCUAUGGAGGAGGCUCUUGCAUCUUUGCCACUGGAUCUCAAUGACACAUAUCGGCGUAUGCUUGAUAGUAUACCGGUGGAGCGAAAGAGUGACGCAAUACGCCUCUUACAAUUUCUGGUGCACUCUAAAAGACCUCUUACGCUGGCCGAGGCUAAAGAAGUAAUAGCGACACAGAUUGGAAAUGAGUCACAAGGGUUUAAUACCAAACGUCGACUGUUCUGCGAGACUGAUGUGUUGGAUUACUGUCCAAGCUUGAUCACAGUCAUUCAUACCACCGAUAAAGAGCUCCAUCUUGCCCACUUUUCUGUCAAAGAGUACCUUCUUGGAGAGGGCCAUUUUAAGAUUACCACCGCCAGCAUUUCCAUCACGAGAACAUGCUUGACUUACCUGACGGACAUCAGCGGUAGCCCUAGAGGUAUCGAGCAGAGUUUUCCGAUGGCAAGAUAUGCAGCGGAAUUUUGGGCAGGCUAUGCUGCGUUGGCUCAGGCUUCGGAAGAUAUAGUUCGAAUAACAGUCAGGUUUCUAGAAAAGGAAGCGACAUUUCAACGAUGGGCUCGUCUGUACCAGGCUGAUGUGGGUUGGAAAAAUAACCCAGGUCCUCCACGGGGUUCCAGGCUAUACUAUGCCUGCUUUGCUGGGCUCGUGGCACCUGUACGAGUUCUUAUUAGCAAGGGAAUGGACGUUGAUGCGAAGGGCGGCAUUUACGACAACGCUCUCCAGGCGGCCUCGUUUGGAGGCUAUCAAGAGAUUGUCAAACUGCUCUUGGACAAGGGAGCGGAUGUCAAUGUGCAGGGUGGUCGCUAUGGGAACGCUCUCCAGGCCGCCUCAGAGAGAGGCUAUCAAGAGAUUGUCAAACUGCUCUUGGACAAGGGAGCAGAUGUCAACGCGCAGGGCGGCGAGUAUGGCAAUGCUUUAUAUGCCGCCUCGUUUGGAGGCCAUCAAGAGAUUGUCAAACUGCUCUUGGACAAUGGAGCGGAUGUCAAUGUGCAGGGUAGUCGCUAUGGGAACGCUCUCCAGGCCGCCUCAGAGAGAGGCUAUCAAGAGAUUGUCAAACUGCUCUUGGACAUGGGAGCGGAUGCCAAUGUGCAGGGCGGCAAUUACGACAACGCUCUCCAGGCCGCCUCGUUUGGAGGCCAUCAAGAGAUUGUCAAACUACUCUUAGAUAAGGGAGCAGAUGUCAACGCGCAGGGCGGAAUCUACGGCAACGCUUUAUAUGCCGCCUCAGAGAGAGGCCAUCAAGAGAUUGUCAAACUACUCUUAGAUAAGGGAGCAGAUGUCAACGUGCAAGGUGACCAAUAUGGCAACGCUCUCCAGGCCGCAUCAUUGAAAGGCCAUCAAAAGAUUGUCAAACUACUCUUAGAUAAGGGAGCAGACGUCAACGCGCAGGGCGGAAUCUACGGCAACGCUUUAUAUGCCGCCUCAGAGAGAGGCCAUCAAGAGAUUGUCAAACUACUCUUAGAUAAGGGAGCAGAUGUCAACGUGCAAGGUGACCAAUAUGGCAACGCUCUCCAGGCCGCAUCAUUGAAAGGCCAUCAAAAGAUUGUCAAACUGCUCUUGGACAAGGGAGCAGAUGUCAACGCGCAGGGCGGCGAGUAUGGCAAUGCUCUCCAGGCCGCAUCGUCGGAAGGCCAUCAAGAAAUUGUCACACUGCUCUUAGAUAAGGGAGCAGACGUCAACGCGCAAGGUGGCCGCUUCAGCAGCGCUCUCCGUCAGGGAGGCGCCGUGCCCUUCGAGAUCGGGAAUAAGCUCUAG